GAGAACCCGUAGAGCCGUUUAAAAGAAUCAUUUGCAACAGUCUCUUCAAACCUGAACGUACAGCACGUGAAGGAGUUGACUCAGUUGGCUCGGUCUGAAUAACAACAAUAGCGACCACAACAAAGGUAGACAGUCACACACACACCCUCAGAAAUUCACCAUCCAGCCGAAAAGACAGCCAGGCCCGAUCUCCAAGCACCGCCCCUCUUGUCGACUCACCUGGGCGGUGUUCCUCCUCACAUAUCACAAUAUCACACGUCACACAUUCGCAACCAACACUUCACCAUGACGGUCCUCGAACAAGAAUACAGAGCGUCGUCGCGGACCGAGUCAUCGUCUGGGAAGCCGGCAAUGCCAGAACAGGUGUUUCAUGAGUAUGCCGACGGCACGAUCCACACCCUCGUGGACGACUCCGGGCGGCCGUUCGAGAUCAGACUGAAGAGAAGCCUGGGAGGGGACAACGGCGAAGGGUUCUCCAUGGCCUGCGUUUUUCUCGCCGAGUGCGUGUCGCGAGGUCGCGACUCGCCGCCACCGCGCUACGAUGGCUCAUUUGUCGUCAAGGUCUUUGAUCCGCGGUACUCAACCAGGCUGCGUCAGGAGUUUGGUCUCUCCGAGUUCGACAAAGACAUCCUCGAGGACAUUGCAGAGUCCGCCUGCAGCGGUCACCAGGCUGCAUCUGAAUACGACAUGACUGAUCCCUAUCACCCUUCCGGAAACCUGUCCGACACAACUCAGGACAUCCUCGGCGAGCUGGCAACGCCGUUCCUCUUCGGCGACAUCUACGGCCACGCCCUUGCAGACGAGCAUGUGCUGCAGGCCUUUCUGGCCGAUGGGAUUCUCCCGACUCUUCCCACGUAUGUCGACCGGGAGUUGUUCGUCUGGCUCAUGUCACAGCAGAUGUUUCGACACGAAGAACACAUGCACACCUAUCUGAGCCAAUUCCCCGACGCGCCCGUCGUGCGCUUGAAGGACGUUGUCAAGAUCCAGCCAAGGCUGCCACUCAACUCGUUGCGUGACGAUAAGCUCGCCGCUCUCUCGACGUCCAUGGGCUUCGGAGCCAUCGUCAUGGAGCUCGUGAAUGGACACACGAUGUUGGAUCUCCGAGAACUGUGCAUGUUACCCGCGGAGGAAUUCAAAGAUAAACCGGCUGGAGCCCGGAGACUGGUUCCAACUGGCAGAGAGUCGGCCAGACAGUUCUUCGAAGAGGUCAACAACCUUCUCUGGUUCCCCCACAGUGUUGGCAUCCAAAGCCGAGACCCCAACCUGGGUAACAUCAUGUGCAGUCUACUACCUGAUGGCAAAGGCACGCGGCUUACCUGGAUUGAUGUUGGCCAGUUCCAGCCUCUCCUCGCGAAAGAGAUCUGUGCACCCGACACCUUUGACAUUGCGAGAAAUUCACGCCUUGCCAUGUUCGCAACCAAGGUCGACGAGCAACAGGAACAAGAAAUCUACAGCAAAUUGUCCUUCAUCUUCCGCAAGGUCGGAUAUUCCAGCAGCUUGGUGCACGACCUCAAACUCGACCGAUUUUGUCAGUGGGGACACAAGGUUUCAGUGACAUUCGCAUGGCGCGCUAUCAUGGAGGACAUUUGCUUUGAGGACUGGCAAUAUGGAAGGCCUGUUGAUGCACAGUUGUCAACCUGCAUCGUUCGCAUGGCCAAAACCAUCUUGGAGCAGGAAAAGCGUGCCACGGGAGCUCCACCAAGAGGAGCCCCAGAGCGGCAGGACUGGUUUCACCGUGCUGUGCUCAAGCUGCACUACUUGCUUUGUAGCGAGUCGGCCGAUGACCCCUUUGUCACUUCGCCCGGAAGAGAGGCGGCCGCCAGAUUCGAAAACCUCAUGGCGUCAGCCGGUUACCCCGAUGGCCAAGUGGUAGUAGACGGCCGUUCUCAGGCCGAACUGAGGUCAACGGGCGGAAGGAGCACAUAUCCAUCUGUGGAGGAGGUCGUCCUGCACGUCGCCGCGACACGGAUAUUUCCCACGCGGUUCUGGUUAGCGGAUCAGCCCAUCGACUCGGUCAUUUCUGAGCUGAAGACUCGCUGUGCGAAGGUGCUGAAGGCGAGGGUGCUUGGUCGACGUGAGUUGCAUCAAUGA